AUGUUCAAGCCCAUUGCACGAACAGCUACCAGGGCUUUGACCUUGCGCUCUGUAGCAGCCACCCGAACCACGAGCUUCGUCCGGCCACUUUCGCACACGGCCGCGCUCAGCAAGAAGGAUGAUCCUACAAAGGAUCCGCUCCUAGCGGCCACCAAUAAAGCUCCUGAGGGAGCUUCUGGUGAGCAUGAAGGUCAAUUCGCUCGUACUGACCAGAGCGUGCACAUUGAAUAUCCUCCCGAUCAUGAAAUGCCUGCACAACCCGUGGCCCAAGGCCGAGGUGGCAUGCAUUUUAAGCGUACUCUCGCUCAAUUCUCCCUCGAAAAGAAAGUGAGCAUAGUGACUGGCGGAGCUCGUGGACUGGGUCUCGUUAUGGGCCAGGGACUCGUUGCAUCAGGCUCCGAUCUAGCAAUCAUCGAUCUAAACAAGGAUGAAGCCGAUACCGCAGCCGCCUCGCUAGUCGAGCAAUUCCGAAAAGAGAAUCCCGGGCUCGAGGACAUGCCAAACGUAACAGCGCACUAUGCCGAUGUCGCGAACCCAGACUCCGUGAACAAUGCCCUCGCGGAAGUCCUCUCCAAACACGGCCAGAUCGACAACCUAGUGACCUCCGCCGGAUUCACGGAGAACUUCGACGCAAUCAACUACCCAUUCGAACGUAUGCAGAAGCUCUGGGGCGUGAACGUCGACGGCACAUACCUUUUCGCGACAGGCGUCGCCAAACACCUCAUGGAGCGCAAAGCCUCCGGCAGCAUUGUCAUGAUCGGUUCCAUGUCCGGUGCUAUCGUCAAUGUCCCUCAACCCCAGGCUCCGUACAACGCAGCCAAGGCUGCAGUGCGCCAUCUUGCUGCGUCUCUGGCCGUCGAGUGGGCAGGUCACGAUAUCCGCGUCAACUGCAUCAGUCCAGGAUAUAUGCUAACUGCACUAACUCGCAAAAUCCUCGAUGAGAACCCCCAGUUGCGGGAUCACUGGACUUCGCUUAUCCCCGCCGGCAAAAUGGGUACGCCGGAGGAUUUGAUGGGCGCUGUUACUUUCUUGCUUAGUGAUGCUUCCAAAUAUAUCACUGGGGCGGAUCUCCGGGUCGAUGGUGGCUAUACUGUGACCUGA